AUGCCCCGCCAACCAUCGUCUCCAACACGCUCCAGAUUCAUCUCGAGCGCAUCACCCACCAAAGUCGACUCUGCCAUUCCCGAGCAAUCCACUUCCACCUAUGCACUCGAUCCUUCGCUCGUGCCCUACACCGCCUCCCACUUCUCAGGCUCGAGCGUGAGCGACAGCAUCACGCGCGCCUACUACGUCGACGUCGUCCUCGGUCAAGCUUCUUCGAGCUCACACUCUGGCGUUCCACUCUCCUUUUCGUCCGCAAACCUUGCAAAGCCAAGCGACGCUGCCGCAUUCACCGCUUGGCUAGGCGAGUUGGUCCACGACCACGAUGCCGAUCCAUUGGCAGGAUCCAGCUUGCCUGACGAGCACAGCUCGGUGCCAAAGUCCGCUAGCGGCUCCAGUAUCAACGCUGUCUCUUCUUCCUCCCCCGCACCACCAGCCGCUUCCACAGCACCAUCCAGCGCCAAGUCCUCCAAGGUCGACUCGGCUCGCCUCUUUGCCCGCGUCCAAGAGCUCAUCGACACAGAAAGGAGCUACGUCAACCGCAUCGACGUCCUCCAUCAAAAGUAUGCCAUCCCCCUCCGCACCCUCGCAAAGGAUCGCGACACCGCCAUCAUCCCUCUCUACGAAGCACAGCGCCUCUUUGGCAACAUCGGCGAGAUCGCAGGCGCAAAUCGUGCCUUCCUCAACGAUCUCGAGCGUCUGGCGUCCCAGGGCCAAGACUCGCUCCGCGCAGGCCUCGGCGACGUCCUCUACAACCACAUGUCCUGCUUCUCCUGCUACACAGAGUACUUUGCCAACUUUGAAAAGGCAAAGCACAUCGAGCAGACGCUCGCAAAGCACCGCGCCUUUUGCGACUUCGCCGAUCGAACAAAGUACUCGGUCACCGGUAUCGGCAACACUGGCAUCCGCGACCUGCUCAUGGAGCCCAUCCAGCGCAUCCCCCGCUACAAGCUGCUCAUCGACGCCAUCCUCACCCACGUAGACGCUCGCGAUCCGCUCCGCAGCCGCCUCCACCAGGCCAUCACCCUCGUCAGCCGCAUCGCCAGCUGCGAGGCGGACGAAAAGACGCAGAGAGCCGCCAUCCUCUGGAGCUUCAGCCGAAACGUAGAAUCCUUCCCUGCCGAGCUCAUCAGUGCCCAUCGCCGCUUCAUCGACUGCAUCGACGUAGACGACUUUCCCCUCGAUCCUUCGGCAGCUUCCUCCGGCAUCAUCGCCCCCUUUUCCGGUCUCAAGCCCAUACACUGCUCCCUCUUCCUCUUCGACGAUCGCAUCGCCGUCGUAAAACGCUCCAGCGCUUCCACAUGCGGUCGCAAGCGCAUCGGCCUCGACGACAUCGGCAAACUCGCCUCCCAGAUGAAGACGUUCACAGAGAGAAGCUCGCAUGCUCCUCUGCUCGCACAGUCCAAGCGGCCCGAGCUCGCCUUCCGCGGAUCCAUCAGCCUCGCAGACAUUGACGCACAGGAUCUAGGAGGCUCCGAUUUCCAGCUCGCUUUCCUCCGCACGCCCAGUCACGUCACGGGCGACAAGUGGGUCAAUCGCCCCCUGCGCCAAUACGUCGCCGUCGACGCUUCCUCCGCAACCCCAUUGACGCUUGCCUCUCGCGCUCAGAUGGGCUCCUCUACCCUCGACGCCGACGUCGCGGCAAAGCUCGAAAAGAUGCGCUUCCUCGACAACGUCUGGAGGGCAAAAGCCCUCUACAAAGCACGUCAAAGCCGCUGCGAGACGCGCUGCAGGAUCGUACCUGCUUCAAGGCGAACGAUGAGCGACGACGCCAUGGUUGGACCCCCACGCCCCGUCGCCGACCCUUCGGACGUCAGAAAGGUCAUCUACUUCCACUUGCACUCCACAGCCACCUUCGAGCACGAGCACAGCCGCUCCCCCUUGGCCCUAUCUCUCGAUGCUCCCACUGCGCUCGGAACUUCCGAGUCUGCGCUUCCUCAUGCCAUUCUCGAUAUCAUCGAGGUGGAUGAGAUGGAAGAAGAUUUCGUGGGUCAGGUUCGCACCAAGGGAGCUGAUCUGACCCAAGUCUCGGGCGAGCCAUAUCGUCUCGCUUCAGCCGAUCUCGGCGAUCAUGCGGUGCAACUUUCAGACGAAGUCGAGAAGCGCUAUGGAAGCCUCGUCCAAGCUCUCGCACAGAGCCAGCCGGGCACGCCCUCCGGAUCUGGCUUCCGCCACCGAGCCAAAGCAGCCGCUGGGCUCGAGAAUUUCGGUCGCUCGCUCCUCUUCGGUUCCAGCGGUGCCAAUUCGAGCAUCUCGAGUGCUGGCAUCUCGAAUCUCGACGUAUUUGGCUCUCCGACCCGUCGCAGCAACAGCAACGCGUCCAAGAGCACCUUUAGCAGCAAUGCAGCCUCCGUCAGCAGUCGCGGCAUGACCCACUCCACCGCCGGUACCAGCAUCAGCAGCCGCAGCGGAGCAUUCGAAGCCCUCUCCCGCGGAAACGCCGAUUCGCCUCGCUCAUUCCGAAGAUUCGGACGACGCAGAUCGUCUUCUGCCGGCCCGCCCUCGAGUGUCGCGAGUCGCUGCGAUGCCGACAGCGCCGAAGAGGACGAUGCGCAUCUCCAACGCCGGGCCAGGGCUGCUACGCCCGACCCUGUGUCGCUUCUGGCUGGAUCCAGCCUGGCAUCUCCACGCAAAUUGGGCGGAGCGAAUGCUGCAGGAGGUCGCACAAUGGGGGCUCAUGCGAGAGCUCGGACCGAAAGCGCCGCGGCCACACCCAACUGGUCGCCUUCCAAAGCACAGCCGCCGUACCAGCAACGCCAGAGGGCAGAGUCGGUCGAACUCUCUAGGACACCGAGCUCCGCAAGUCGGAAGCCUACGGGUCCCAGAGAGCAGACCAGCCCGAGUCCUGCGCCGAGACCGCAUUCGCGCAUCGAGCCGCCCUCGCCUUCCUGGCUCUUCAGCGGCCCGACAACGCCGCUCAACAUCCGUCGCAAGCCUCCGCCGAGGAUGGGAAGCGCUACCGACGACGAGAACGAUGCCGAGCUGGCGACUCCCGUCCGGGCGCGUCCGGCCUCCAGCAUCGGCGUCUAUGCCGCCGACCGUGCGAGUUCGAACGCCGCCGGUGAUACGAGCGUGACCAAGAGGCGCGUGUCGGGCACCAAGCGGCCGCUGUCGUCGAGCGGGUACGACAGCCUAGCCGCGCAUGCGGACGAGUCGCUGACCAAGCGACCGUCUCUGGGCCGUGAUUAUGACGACCUCGAUGCGAAGCAGGGGCCUGCGCUCCUUCCACGCUCCGCCCCGCUGGCCCGACUCUCGGCGGAGGAGCCUUCGGCGCAGAGGCCGUCCAUCUCCGAAAGCGAGACAUCCACGGAGCGAGGACACGGCGCUGACGGCGCAAAGCCAAUCGCGGAAGCAUCAGCCUCUGGCAAGGCUCCCGUGACUCCCGCGCGCACAUCCUCGACUGCGUCCAAGUCGCAAGAGGCGCGACGCAGGAACGAGGCGGUGGAGCACGGCCUUCGUCUCGUCAAGGAGGAGAUGAACCUGCUCCGGUGCGAUGUCGAGAUCCUGCAGAGCAGCUUGUCUGCCACGGACGGCGAUGCGCGCACGCCGCGGAAGCGACGAGGCGACGACGCGGUUCUCGCCGAGCUCGACGUGAACGCGGCCGCUUCGAUCAGCGCCGAGGUGGAUCACAUCCACGCGCGGCUCAAAAAGCUCGCCUUUUUGCUGUCGAAUGUGGAUGCAAAGUGGAUUUCGGCCAUCCGCAUGCACAACCGCAUCAUGCACGAUCUCACCACGGCCACUUCGGCCCUCGCAGCCGCACAGGCCUCCGAAGCGACUCGAAACGCGACUUCCAGUGGGCCGGACGAGGCUGUGCUCAAGGAGAAGCAGCAGCUUGAAAUCCAGCUUGCGGCACUCAAGCGCAAAUGCGAGCUGCUGACUACACUGGAAGCCGACGGACGGCUGGAGAACACCGAGAUCCACAAGGCGUUCAACGAGGAGCUCGACAUGCUCUACUCGCACACCCAGGCGCCCGAGAACGACGAGCUGGCCACGCUGCGCAACGAGCUCAAGCGCACCAAGCACGACCAGCACGAACUCAUGCUCAGCAACAAACGCCUCAAGCGCGACCUCGCCAUUCAGCAGUCGCAGGCCGAAACUUACCGCCUCGCUCUGCUCAAGCACGGCCUUCUCUGA